ACCAAACUGGUUGCCACGGUAAUGCUGUGGUACAACAAACCCAAAACCGCAUUAAUCCGGUCACAAUCAUGCGCCACGUUUUUCAGCGCAAUGCCUUUUUUUACGAAUAAAUUUUCACCGAAAAAAAUACCGACUCGAAAAGCAGACGUUUCAUUGGCGAACAAAGAUCUCAGUCCGAAGAGAAUCGAGAGGGAAUUAGGCCCUGAUAUCGGACCGAUAAAACUCCGUCUGGGCGAUCAAGAAGCAACUUUCGACGAGGGCCUGUGGAUUCCUGAAACUGGUAAAGCUAGUGGAACUUUCAGGGAGAACGAAAAACUGCGGAAAGAAGUUAAAAAACUUGAAGAGGAAAACAAUUUAUUGAAGUUGAAAUUCGAACUGCUCCUCGACAUGUUAACUGAAACAACGGCGGAGGUACAUAUGCAUCGAGGCGAACUAGAGAGCUUGAGGAACAAAUUAUCUUACAGCAAACGCACCGCGACGUAAUUAGUCCUUGUAAUAGUCGUAAGCAACAAUUAUCAGUCUUGC